AUGGUCAAGCUUGAGGAACUCGAGGACGAGCACUUCGUCAACACGCCAGAUACGACCAAAGACGGCGCUUUGCUGGCUGAUGACGAUGAAGACUACACCGAUACUGACUCUGAGAUCUCUGAAGACGAUGCUGUCGAGGCUCCCCUAGACGAAACACUUUUCGACCGUCUCUCUGCGCUCCGCGACAUCGUUCCUCCAAAGACCCGUGCCAGGCUGUACUCCGCCACCCAGUCCGUCUACUCAGCAGCAAACGCCUCGAUCACCUACGGUGGAAAGAGUUUGUGGGUGAUCGCGACCAGCAUCCUAUUAUUGGGCAUCCCCUAUGCGCUUGCGCUGGGCGAGGAACAGCAGUACAUGGAAGAGGAGAGGCAGAGGGGGAUGGUGGAACAGGGCGCCCAGGGGAUGAUCCAGGGCGCCCAGCAGGGGCAAGCCGAUGCGAAGCCGGCGUUGUAA